CUCCUCAACUGUCCCUGUCCAUUUCAGAUUAGAGAUUAAUGGGAGAGCAGGGGGGUGAUCUGGGCCAGCCUGUCCCAGCAGUCAUUAUGUGUGCAGCAAGACUGAUGCCUCAUUAAACCUCUCACAGGGAUCUCCAGGAUUUCUCACCUGCCACAGAGGUUUCCUUCCUAUCUUUUGCUCCUGCUAUUGAAUGAGGACAGAGCAGAAAGCAUGCAGUCAGCCACAGCCUCAGUGUUGGACCUGUCAAGGACUGUCCUGGUCACAGAGGAGAAGAAUAACUUGUAUAACAGCACAGGUCAGUGUAAAAAGAUUGUGCCGCCGGAGUCCGGCUCAUUCCACAUUGUGCACGGAAAUGGCUCUUCAGUGGGGACAGUUAUUAUGUUUCAGUGCUCCUCUUCAUAUCAGCUGGUUGGAGAAGGAUUAACGACCUGUGUCUGGAAAGGAAACAGCACCUUGUGGACAGCGGGCGCGCCCUCUUGUAAACCCUUAUCAAAAUACGAGACAUUUGGAUUUAAAGUGGCCGUUAUUGCCUCCAUCGUGAGCUGUGCCAUCAUUCUGUUGAUGUCAAUGGCUUUUUUGGUGUGCUGCCUUGUAAACUGUGUGAAGAAAAGUGAGAGGAGGCGAUCAGAAAGAGACAAGGUCAUGUGGCAUCAAUUAGAGUGCGAGGAACUGGAAAACAUGCAAGCCGCCUACUUUGCAAUGAAAGGAAGAAAUAACAAUAACAACAAGCAAGGGAGCCGGCCGAGAAUCGACGACUGGAUAAAUAUGGCUUAUGAGAACCAGGGAUUUUGUAGAUGCCAUGACGUUUGGAGCAAUGAUCGCCCAGCACAUACUUCUAGAGAGGGGCAUUGUGGGCAUUGUCACAGUAAAGACCGCUCGAGCAGACCUCCUGUCCCUGGCUCCAAUGCUGCCAUACAGACUAUUAGUGGAAUGCAUGUUGUUGAAAUUUACAGACAUGAAAAAGAUUCUCAAAGGAGACAUGAACCCCUUGCCCCUGAGUAACGACAUGGAUUGAGAUGGCUGACAUCCUAAGACUGCUAUUUGUUAUAACUAUGUGCCUUAGAAAUGAAUGAACUAUUGACAUUCUAAAAAAAUAUCUCACAAAAUUUCUGGAGGACUUGCCUGAUUUCACAUGAUCCAAGAUGUAGAGGAACUUGGCCCUCACUUCACAGACAUGAGAAGAUCUCAACCCUAGGACACUAUCCUCAACUGCCAUACAAGGUGCAUUAAAUAGUGAUCUGCUACUGUACAUAGCUGUAAUGAUACAUGGAUACAUGUAAGAUAUGGCCUUUUCAAUACAGGAAUGUCUUUUCUAGAUUUAUACAGUGUUAUUAAAUUUGUUUAAAGAUG